AUGGCGGCCGAAGCGCUCCUCCGUGUCUUUGUGCUGGGAUCCGGCUUCUGGUUCUUCACCGCCAUCUGGAGUCCUCCGCUCCCACCCCCGCUUCCGGCAGCCUGCACUCGCACGUCUGGCCCACCCCUGCGUGUGACCCUGAGCCAUUGCGUGGAGGAGCCCUUCCUGUACGAGGCGGUGUGCAAGGCCGGCUUCAGUCCACACUUCACCUGGGACACGGACUUCAGAAGCUGCGGGGCGGCCACGGACCUGGCCAUCGUCUGUGGCACCAACGAGGUGCAGCCGCGCCUCAGGGACUGUGCGCCCAAGGGUCUCUACGAAGGGUCCCGCAAGGUGACCUAUAACCCGCGUUUCGAUAUCCUCGCUGCCAAGUCCGGCCUCUGCCAGGCCCAGAACAACGCCAGCCGGGCACUGGGAGUGGACUUCGCGUUCGCGCCGCCGUGCUUCACGGCAGAUGGACCGACUGGCAUCCUGGAGGCUGACGUGCACAGGAGGGCGCUUCUUGCGGCAGGGAACAGCUCCAUGUGGGUUGCGAAGAAAGACUCCAUGGGCAACGGCCAUGGCAUCUACUUCCUCACUGCAGAGGAGCUCAAAGGCAUUGAGCAGCUGAAGGUCCCGGUGAUGCAGCGGGCGGUAACCAAGGUGCCGACAUACCAGGAUCGCAAGCUGGAGAUCCGGAGCUUCCUGGCAGUGACGUCCAUGGAUCCUCCACGCAUCUACGUGUGCAACAAGGGCUUGUACAAAACUGCUGGCCAGCCCUUGGUCCCUGAGGCUGCUGUCCGAGCUAUGCCGAUGGAGAACCGCUCAUCCAUCCUGGUGGCCAACGUACACACCGAGGACGAGAGCAAGUAUUUCGGGCAGGUGGAUGAGCUCAAGGAAGAGUUCCAACGGCAGGGCCUCGACGUCGAAACAGUGGAGAAGCAGAUUGCAGAGAAGAUCACCCGCGCCUUCCUUUCGGUGGCCAAUCAGACGACCUGCGAGGGCUCGACGCAAUCUUGUGAAGGGCACGUGGCCUUUGGGAUCACCGACAGCCUGGUCGACAUGGAAAACAAGGAGCCUUAUUUGCUGGAGCUUAUGCUGGCGCAGCAAGACUGGGUCUUCCGCGGCUCGUGGUACUCAUACCCUGUCCACCGUCCCCACGCCGAUGCAGUGGCCAGGAGGUCUCUGACGCCGUUAACAAGCGUCGCCCUGGCGUCGCUUCAGCCAGACGUGCCCUCCGUGGAUCAGUCACGCUACCCACCAGGAAUGCUGUCCCCGGCCGCGACCCAGCUGCUUGAAGACCCUCGCACCCAUGCGCCGGUGCAGGCCAUGAUCAAGGAAGCCCAUGCGAGCGCAUCCAACCAGUGCACCUGUCUGAUCUGUCAGCAGCCAAAGCUCUUCAUGAAGUUCUUUCCGCGGGGGCACGCGAGCUCGAGUUUUGCCCAUCCGUGGUCAGCUUACUACGAGAUUUUCCGAGCUGAACAAACGAGCAGUUUCCAAAUUGCGGAGAGGACCCUCCCGAAGGAGGCAUGA